AAAAGAUUAAAAUAUGGCGUCAAAUCCCAGGCGAGUGGUGUGAGAAUCAGUGGCUUAACUGAUCUGUGCUAUUUACAGUUUAUUUUUUGAAGGGUUUCUGUUACCAGAUUGCCCACAGCAAAUAUUUUCCUGCUUUUGCUGUGCAGUUGAGCCCUGCAGAAGACUGGCAUACCGGUAAAAUGAAGAGAUGGGUUUGUUGCCCCGUUCUUAGGAACCUGACUGUUGUGAAAGGAAUGAAAAUGAGAUGCAGAUUUGAAAGCACAGGCAGACCUGCUGUACCCCUUGGUUCACGGCUACUAACGGAUCCCAGUAAAGUAUUUGAACAUAAUAUGUGGGAUCAUGUCCAGUGGUCACAGAAAGAUAAAGAAAUGGCAGAAAUGAAGUCCAGAGAAAAUUCUGCUGUUCUCAUUCCUCAAGAAUACCAAAAUACAUUUGAUGAAGAGGCAAGUAAAUACUGGAAUGACUUCUAUAUUGCCCAUGAAAGCAAGUUUUUCAAAAAUCGCAACUGGCUGUUUCGUGAAUUUCCCGAGAUCCUGUCUCAUAAAAAAGAGACGUGUACCAGAGAAGAUGGAGAAUGCAAUGCUAUUAGUACUUCUUCUGUGGAAUCUAAUCUUUGUCACAAUGAUAGCUGGCAGUCUGAGGAUUCAUCUCAUUUUUUUGCACAAGGUGACAAUCUCAAAGGGCACCACACAUCAGUGAUUAAUGAAACUGUUUGUUCUUGUGAAAGUAGCAGAAGGUUCUCAGAGUUCAAAGAAGAGAUGAAUGCCUUUCCUGGUAGUGAAGCAACAUUUAGGAUUUUCGAGGUUGGAUGUGGUGCAGGAAAUAGUGUUUUCCCUAUUUUACAUGCACUAAAGGACCAAGAUUCUGGACCAUUCCUGUAUUGCUGUGAUUUUUCAUCACGGGCAGUUGAGCUUAUCAAGGCCCAUCCAAACUACAGCCCUGCAUUAUGUCACGUCUUUGUUCAUGAUGUGUGCACUGAAGCAGCCACAUAUCCAUUUCCAGAUGAGAGCUUAGAUAUUAUUCUUCUUGUCUUCGUGCUCUCAUCUAUUCACCCUGAGAGGAUGCACACGGUUGUAAACAGACUGACCCGAUUACUGAAGCCUGGGGGAAUGCUGUUAUUCAGGGAUUAUGGCAGAUAUGACUUGACACAGCUUCGAUUCAAAAAAGGCCAUUGUUUAUCUGAAAACUUCUAUGUCCGUGGCGAUGGUACAUGUGUAUACUUUUUUACAAAAGAAGAGGUCCAUGAUUUGUUUGCUAAUACUGGCCUGAAGGAGAUCCAGAAUUUGGAAGACCGGCGGCUUCAAGUAAACCGUAAGAAACAGGUAAUCAUGCAUCGAGUGUGGAUGCAAAGCAAGUAUCAGAAACCAGUGACUUGACCGUGUAAGAAGAAUGACUGUGACUUUGGAGCAGAGACCUGUAAUCCACAGACAGACCAAAAACGGCUCUGUAAAUAAGACAAGGCUAGUAACCAACCGGCAUCGACAUUCUGCACAUAACACUUGUUAAUGGAGCAGCCUCACCAGUGCCCUAACGUGUGAAUGUCAGAAAAAAGUCUGUCAUAAAUAAACUAUUUCUGAUUUCA